CGGCUUAUGCACCCUUGAUAAUAUGAGAUGAAGUUUCUUCAGACGCCGGGGCGGCGUGGAGGCGCGGGGCGGCACUGGGCGGAGCCAGCGGUGGCCGUCAGUCGGUGGGCAGCCGCCGCACGCGUCACACGGCUACCGCGAGCCCUCCUCCAUGCCGCGCGAGUCACGAUGUCGUUCCCAACGCGUGAAUAUUUAUGACGCGAUCGACCAAUUCGCCUCCUCAUAAAUGGCACUGCCGACAUCAAUGCCUCACAGGAACUCUUUUAUCGACGUAAAAUGCCAAUAAAACCGACUCUUGUGAAAAGACUCGAGCGCCGAACUUUCAAUCGAAUCAUAGUGUACGUGUUGUUCUACUGCCAUGCCGUCGAGAAGAACUAUGCGGCGGAGAUGCCGCACGAGUGCGCUUACCGCAGCUCCGAGACCGAAACGUCGGAGAAUGCGGUACUGUUCUGCAAGAUCAGAACAAUAAGCAGUUUGGACCACCUGUUACAGAACAUUAGCCGGACACAUUUCGACGAAGUGCUGUCCUUGCAUGUCCAGUGUAGUGAGAUCUUAUUCUUUGAAAGCACGCUGACCGCUCAUACAGAAAAAUCUCCGGGAAAGCCGACGAAUCUCGCCAAGCUAAAGGAUCUCGUUGUUGACAAGUGUAAAAUACGUCAAAUACCGGCACGCGCCUUUGAAAACUUUAAAGAUCUCAAGCGGCUCCACGUGACGACCCACAACAGUGAAUGGUCUGCGAUGACAAUGGAGCUGCACGAACAGGCAUUCUUAGGCUUGAACGAAUUAAUUGAACUCGAUCUAAGUGACAACAAUAUCUGGAGCACUAAAACCGACACGUUUUGUCCAUUGUAUAGUUUGAAAACACUUAAUCUCACAAGGAAUCACUUACAAAAUAUAAAGACUAUUGGUUUCUCGGAUUCGCAACGAGAACAAAAUUUAAGCAUUAGAAGUUGUAAUUUAGUCGUAGAAAUACUUGAUAUGUCCUACAAUGAUUUGAUUGUUGUGACCGACAACAGUUUGUCGAAGUUACGUUCGAUGUCAAAGUUGUUUUUGCAAAACAAUGCGAUAUCGACUCUUGAAGAUGGUGCCUUUGGAGGUCUACUAAGUUUACAGGUUUUGAAUUUAUCUAGUAAUUUUAUGAAUACAAUCCCACCUGAUAUUUUUGUUGACACAAAAUCAUUGAAAGAAAUUAAUAUGAGUAAUAACACAAUUAAUGUUCUACCGCCAGGCAUAUUUGAAAGGUUAGAGCAACUUCAAAUAUUAGAUUUGUCACAUAAUGAAUUAACUAGUCAGUGGAUAAAUAAGGGCACGUUUGUAGGUUUAUUACGUAUGGUAAUUAUAAAUUUAUCUUAUAACAAGUUAUCUAAUAUAGAUCGAUACAUGUUUCAAGACUUGUACAGCUUACAAAAGUUAAACUUGGAACACAAUGAAAUAGUUUUCAUUGAAGAACAUGCUUUUGAAGAGUUAAGAAACUUACACUCACUUACUCUUUCACACAAUAAGCUUAUAGACAUUCACACUCAUUUAUUUACAGAUCUACACAUUUUGCAUGAAUUAUUUAUUGAUAAUAAUAAAAUAAAACACAUAGACGAAAGUGCUUUUGAUAAUAUGACAAAUAUUGAGGAUUUGGGCCUCAACGACAACUUUUUGUCCGCUAUCCCAAUAUCAAUAAGAAAAUUACGAUCACUGAAAUCUUUAGAUAUCGGAAACAAUAAUAUAAGUCACUUGAAUAGAGAAAACUUUCGAGGCUUAUCUGAACUUUUCGGUUUGCGUCUCGUCGACAACAAAGUUUCGUAUUUAAAUGAAGAUACUUUCGAACAUUUGCCUCAGCUGCAGGUGCUUAAUUUGGCUUCCAAUAAAAUAAAACACGUUGCACCUGGCUGUUUCCACAACAACGCAAAUUUAAAACUGUUACGCAUGGAUGGAAACGAUAUCACGAAAUUCGAUGGUAUAUUUACGAACCUCAAUAGUUUGGUGUGGUUAAAUAUGUCAUCUAAUAAAAUUUCAUCCUUCGAUUUUCGCAGUUUUCCUACCAGCUUAGAAUGGUUAGAUUUACACAAGAAUUUUAUAGAUAAUUUUGUCAAUGAUGAUAUGUACUCAAAUAUAAAUAUAAAGUUGUUAGAUUUAAGUCAUAACAAUGUAACUCAACUAACGGUCACCUCAAUACCACUAUCUAUUGAAAAAUUGUACUUAAACGAUAAUAAUAUCCAACACAUUCAAGUCGGCACAUUUUCGAAGCUACGCAGAUUAUCAACAGUGACAUUAAAUAAUAAUAAACUAGUACAAAUCGACAUGAAUGCCUUUCGCUUGGAUCAAAUAGAUGAAGAUAGUGACCUACCCGAGUUCUUUAUAAGCGGAAAUCCAUUUGUUUGUGACUGUUCAAUGGAAUGGAUUCAACGCAUUAAUUAUUUGAGCCACAGUCGACAAUACCCACGUGUGUUAGAUCUUGAUAAGGCAUUGUGUUCAUUGGUACAUUCACGUGCGAAAGAGAAAAAGAUGAUAAUUGAUAUGUCACCUUCUGACUUUCUCUGUCCGUAUGAAAGUCAUUGUUUUGCUCUUUGUCAUUGUUGUGACUUCGUUGCUUGCGACUGUGAAAUGAUUUGUCCAAAUAACUGUAGAUGUUAUCAUGAUAUUACUUGGAAUGCGAACGUAGUUGAUUGUUCUAAUGCUGGCUACACAGAAGUACCGGAGCGUAUACCAAUGGACGCUACUGAAAUAUAUUUAGAUGGUAACAAUAUAAAUCACCUUGGCAAUCACGUGUUUAUCGGUAAAAAGAAAUUACAAGUACUAUAUUUGAAUAACACGAAGUUGAAAGAAGUUAAUAACCAAACUUUCAAAGGAGUAGAUUCAUUGAGAGUGCUACAUUUAGAAAAUAAUAAAUUGGUAGAGUUAAAAGGGGACGAAUUUUCACAUCUGAAUAAUUUAAAUGAGUUAUAUUUAGACCAUAAUGCUAUAGUUCACGUGGCCAAUAAUACGUUCUCAUCGUUAAAAUCUCUAUCCGUAUUACGAAUCGACGAUAACAAACUAGUUAACUUUUUCCCGUGGAAAUUAUUAGCUUCAUCAUCAAAAAGUUUGGCUCACGUAUCUAUAGAAGGCAAUCAAUAUUCAUGUGAUUGUAAAAGUAUAGCUGAGUUAGAUUCCUGGUUGAGAAGGGACCCCGGCGACCCUGAAAAAAUGUUGUGUACAGACACGGCGGGGAAACCGACUAAAAUUACUAUUGCGUCAGUACUUAGUCACUGUAAAGAAUAUAUGGGUUCUAAUAACGACCCGACAGUUUCUAGAAAUGAAAUAGUUUCCAAGUCCAUAUUCCUCCCUGACAAUUACUUUGCUGUUAUAUUUGGUGCAGUAAUUAUUAUUGUAAUUCUAUGUCUGAUAGGUGCUGUAUUUUACGCUUUCAGAUAUGAGGUCAGUGAUUGGUUGUACACUAAAUAUGGAGUGCCGCUGUUCAAAGAACAGUCGUGCUCUAAUGUCGAUCAUGUUUUAGAAGGAAACCCGAAUCAUAUGUACGAUUAUUACGUGAUAUGUAAUACCAAAGAUACAAAUUUCGUAUACCAUAACAUUAUGUCUGAAAUUGAGUUCAGAAAAUUAACUUCAAAAAAGUUUUCGCCUAACGAUGCAUCUCUUAAUAUUCUUACAUUAGACAGUUUUUCUAAAUCAUCGAAACUAUCAAAACGCCUUCUAGUUAUUUUGACCACCAGUUUUAUUUGUAACGACCUCUGUGAUAUACACUUCAAAAACAUAUUUUAUAGUUACUUGAAAUCACUAAAUCGCAGUGAUAUGAACAAAGUAAUCUUUAUCAUGGUGGUAGAAAAUAAUCAAAUCAACGACGAAUUGUGUUUCAUUAUAGAUAAAUUCAAGAAUAUAUCGUGGAACGACGAACGUUUCUGGGACAGAUUCGUCGCGUUACUGAACUCGACCGAUACCAUUAUCACGGUGAAGGGAACCGAGAAAAGUGUAUUCAAGAAGUCGUUACGUCAGACGCCUACGUUGAGAUAUACAACAAUGCCGGUUUCAAACGAUAGUUGCUCAAAGCAGAAUUUUACGAAUUCCUUACAGUAUUGCAGGCGAAAUGACGGGGAGUCUUCCCUAAAUGAAAGCUCACCUUCCUCCGACAACAAUACGUACGGGGAAGGGAAUAAUUCUAACAAUAGCUACAUGUCGAUAGAUAACAAGACUUGUCCUCGUUUCAAUUAUGACCUCAGGCUUUCCCCAAAUAGCGGUCAUGUUUACUCUAGGGUAGAAGACAUUUCACCUAACGUUCCUCGUUCAUUGACAGGCAGCUCAUCGGUAAAAGGACGCACAUAUUUUGUUUGAGAAAUUGUUAUUUCACUUCAAUGCACUGUAAAUUAUCACUUAAAUAUUCGCAAAUGUAAAUAUUUUUUAAAUAAUCGUCAAUUGUCACAACAUACGUAAAAUAAGGAUCGUGUGUAAGAACGAAGAUAUUUUAACCACCUUAUUUUGUACAAACAACGUGUGAGAUGUUGAGUCUGAUUACGAGAACACUUUCCAUUAAUUAUGUAAUGAUGUUACUAAUAAAUUGUAUUUAUUAACUUUAAUAGUUUAUUAGGCCUAUGGAAAAUUCACAAACUCACUGUAAUACAACACCAAAUAUUCUAAAAUGAUGAAAUUAUAUCCCCAUAAAUAAAAAAGUUGUUUACUUGUAAUAAAGAGGUAUUUUAACACCAACGCUUUAAAAAUAUAAACGUAUUAAAGUUUUUAUAUUUUAAAUUCGCAAAAGUAUUUAACCAGAAUUAUUAUUUGUAUGUUAUUUGAUUUAAAGUAUUUUAAAUUUUGUUUUCAAAUUUGUUUUAUAACAAAAUUAAAAAUUGAAAUUUGUAAUCAUGAUUUAAUAUUAAGAAUAUUUAAACAUUUAUUAAUAUGCUUAAUUGUCAUGUCAUACCUAAUGUUGUAUAUAAUUAUUAAAUAGAGAGAAAUUAAAUGAAUGUUUGCGAUGUUAUUUGUUUUCUGGCUUAGAUGUAACGCUUGAGUACCUAUUUUAAUAAUAAUUAAGCUAAAUCGUGAUAUUAGAUUUAAUAAUUAUAAACUUGAAAAUAAAUGUAAUUUUUGAAUUGUAAUUAUUAGUCUUAAUGGAAAAUUAAAAAAUUAUUGUUUUGUAUAAAAUUGUACAAAGGUAUCUUGAAAACCGUAAUAAAAUUAUACUGACGUUUUGAUACUUAAAAUGUUUUUUAUUUCAGAAUGUCUCGUUAUAUUUUAGACGUACGUAUUAGUGGAGCUCUGUUA